AUGGAACCAAUGGCCGACGUGGAGGCACCGCCUCGGAGCUAUGCCCGCAAACCGCUCAGCUGCUCGACGUGUCGCAUCAAGAAAAUCCGCUGCGACAAGCGCAUGCCGUGCUGCCACUGCGUCAAGGCCAAUCUUCACUGCACGUUUCCGGCGCAGAGAAAGCCGCGGGAGCGCAAGCCGCAUCUAAGAAACAGGCAACCAGAGGAGCAGGACGAGGCCGAGGCCCAUGGGGACGCGUUGGCUCGCAGGCUGAGAAGUCUGGAGGCGCAGGUGUCGACGCUGCAAACGCAGUUGGUGGAGGCCAAUAAGGACAGCUCGCCGCCUCCACGAUACGAGCUGGUCAAGCGAACGGCAGCCGUGCACUCGGCAGGCGCUGUUUCACAUAUCAAAUCGUCAUUCUGGGCGAGCAUCAAUUUUGAGGUUGGUCUUCUGCCGCUACUCUUGUCUACAGGCCACUCAUAUUAUAGUACGCUGGCAGGGCCUAGUUUCCCGCUGCAGAAUCAGCCAGAUGUCUCCAUGCUGCUGUUCAAGUCCUUUCAAGGGCUGCGCCAUCCGCUCCACCAUCCACCAGAAACGCAUAUUAUCCUGCUCUGGCAUGUAUUCGAGGAGAAUGUCGAACCCAUGGUUGGACUGCUACACUGCCCGACAAUGGCCAACCUAGUAGAGAGGGCGCUCUGGUCCCGGCAUACGCUCUCCAUUGCCGAGCACGCCCUUCUCUUUUCCAUGUACUAUGUCGCAACGGCGUCCAUGGGCGAGGAAACCAUCAUUCGAGAAUUUUCCGUCUCCAAACCCGCCCUGCUCAGUCGUAUGCGAGUCCUUGUCGAGCAAGCGCUCGUCGCCGCCAAGUUUGCCAGCACAGUCGACGUCACCGCCCUGCAAGCCGUCUUGCUCUUUGUGCUGGUGCUGCGCAAGACGGGCGAGGCACGCAGCGCCGGGAGCCUAGUCGGCGUUAUUGCGCACCUGGCGCAGUGCCUGCGCCUGCACAAGGACGGCGCGGGCAUGUACGACCUCACGCCGUUCCAGCAAGAGAUGCGCCGCCGCGUAUUCUGGUGCGUCGUGGUGCUGGACCACCGCUCCGCCGAGGAUCUCGGCACCGAUCCCCUAUUCCCCGAGCACAUGUGGAACACGCCGCUCCCGCUCAACAUCAACGACGUGGACCUGACCGAGAGCGCGCCUGUGCUGCCGACGGAGCGCACCGGCAUGACGGACAUGACGUUUUUCUUGAUCCGCGUGCACACGCUGCAAACGUCGGUGCGGAUCCGCCGUCUGGCGUCCGAAGAGCCCGGCCAGACCCUCGAGAGUCUGGAUCAGCGCUGCGAGGACAUGUGGCAGGAGACGCACAACAUGCUCGAACAGAAAUUCGUAGACCCGAAUCCCAGCCAUGAACUGGCGUGGGCGGCCAAGAAGAUGGCGUCGUGCAUCAUCUCCAAGAUGAAGCUGACGGACCAGUGCUCCUUCUACGCUCCUCAAGACGCGCACAUCAUGACAGCGUCGAUGAAGGCGCGCUCCACCGCGCACCGCGCCUCGGCCAUUCGCGUCAUGGAGCAGAACCACUCGGCCAACCUCGACCAUCGCUGGGCCAAGUGGAAGUGGAUCUUUGUCGCCUACUCGCGCUGGCACGGAUCAGCGAUCCUGUUCAAAGAAAUGCUGCGUCGGCCGUGGACGCCCGUUAGCGAGCAGGGCUGGGUCACGCUCCACAAGAUCAUGGGCGACUCCAAACUCGGAGAGCUCGAGUGCCGUCGAGACCAGCCGGUCAUGCCGCUGCCUUUUGGCUUCAUCUACGAGCUGACACGCCACUACCGAGAGUCGGAAUAUGCGAGAUUGUGCAGUCAGCCGGACGAGGCGCGGCGGCUGUGCGACGAGGAGGCCGUGCGGGACCCUAGUGGGGCUGGCGCCGAUCGGUCCGGCGUUUCGGCCUCAUCUCUGCAGCGCUGGCAGCGGGCCGCGGGACUACUCGGGGAUAGCUCUGCGCAAGGGCCGCGGGAGGAGCUCAUCGCGUGCUUGCCAGGGGAGGGGCAGAUGGCAGGGCUUGCGGACGGGUUGGCGAUGCCCGAGAUGAGCAGCCACACUUUGUUUUCAACCGCCGCGCCGGGCUAUGAUGCCGGAAUCGACCCGUGGCCGUUGAACUUGCAGUCUGUUUCUUGCCAGCUAUUGAUGAUCCAGUAUUUGCGGCACUUUGGCGUACCAUGUUAUCAGCGACUCCGAGACAGCUUGACCGAUGGGCGUGCCGCCACUUCCGAUCCAACCGCGGCUCUCGCAGUCAAAGAUCUGGCCCCAUCACGGGCUUUCGCCGUUUCGGCACCUCCUGCUCGCCACGCACUAGCAAUCUUAGUUCCCAGCGGCGUCAUCGGCCUCGUCUCGAUACGGUCCUAUGGCUUCCUUUUGUCUCUGGGCCAGCGUAUCAACCAUGGGCUGCCGACGUAG